UGUGCAGCAGCGGCGGCGGCGGCGCUAGAGGCGGCGGCGGCGGCGGCGGCGGCAGCAGCGGCGGGUUCGGAAGCGGCGGUUGGGCUCGCGGCGAGCGGACAGGGCCGAGUCAGUGCGUUCGCGCGAGUUGGAAUCGAAGCCUCUUAAAAUGGCAGAUGAUUUGGACUUCGAGACAGGAGAUGCAGGGGCCUCAGCCACCUUCCCAAUGCAGUGCUCAGCAUUACGUAAGAAUGGCUUUGUGGUGCUCAAAGGCCGGCCAUGUAAGAUCGUCGAGAUGUCUACUUCGAAGACUGGCAAGCAUGGCCAUGCCAAGGUCCAUCUGGUUGGUAUCGACAUUUUUACUGGGAAGAAAUACGAAGAUAUCUGCCCGUCCACUCAUAACAUGGAUGUCCCCAACAUCAAAAGGAAUGACUUCCAGCUGAUUGGCAUCCAGGAUGGCUACCUAUCCCUGCUCCAGGACAGUGGGGAGGUCCGAGAGGACCUUCGUCUGCCCGAGGGAGACCUUGGCAAGGAGAUUGAGCAGAAGUAUGACUGUGGAGAAGAGAUCCUGAUCACGGUGCUGUCUGCCAUGACAGAGGAGGCAGCUGUUGCAAUCAAGGCCAUGGCAAAAUAAUGGCUCCUAGGGUGGCGUGGUGGCAGCAGUGAUCCUAGAGCCUACAGAGGCCCUCCCCCAGCCAGGUUCUACUCUGGCUGGGCCCUUGGCUGGACUCCUAUACAAUUUAUUUGACGUUUUAUUUUGGUUUUCCUCACCCCUUCAAACUGUCGGGGAGACCCUGCCCCUCACUUAGCUCCCUUGGCCAGGAAUGAGGGAGCCAUGGCCUUGAUGAAGCUACCCACCUCUUCCCCUGCAGCCCUGCGUGGGGAAAGGGAGUGGGUGCUGCGUGUGGUUUCGGCUCCCUCCCAUUACUUUUUAAUUCACUUUGGAAUCAGAAAGCUGUGGAUUCUGGCAAAUGGUCUUGUGCCCUUUAUUUCUUUAUCCCUGGUCUGGCCCCCUGGUCUCCAUAGUCCGUCACCCCCAAGCACCACUUGUACAGACUGGGGACCAGCCCCCUUCCCUGCCUGUGUCUCUUCCCAAACCCCUUUAGGGGUGGUGAGCAGAGGUGGGGUGAAGGGGCACGCUCCCUCCUCAGGCAUCUGGGAGGGCCUUGCCCCCAUGGGCUUUACCCUUCCCUUCAGGCUCUCUCCCUGACACAUUUGUUAAAAAUCAAACCUGAAUAAAACUACAAGUUUAAUAUGAA